AUGUCUAAGUAUACCAGUAAUGCAAUCAGUGAUGAGAAUUCUGAGAAUGAACAUAGGUCUGUUCAAUUAAUGGCACAGUUAGUACAAACUGAAAAAUGUCGGCGCAUUAUUCGCAUGAGCCCUCAAGCAUUUCUGAAGCUCUGUGAGAAGUUAAGAUCAUCUGUUGGAAUGAAGGAUUCUUCUACAAGGGUUACAGUUGAGGGGCUAGUUGCUGAAUUUUUAUACGUUGUAGGACAGGAUGCAAAAAGUCGAACCACACCUUUCCUUUUUCAUCAAUCGGGUGAGAAAUUUAAUCGCCACUUUCACUAUGUUUUACAAGCCAUCAUAUCAUUACACUGGGAGUUUCUUCUCCAACCUUCUGGUGCCGAUGUACCCUCACAAAUUCUUAACGACAACAAAUUCUAUCCUUAUUUUAAGGACUGCAUUGGAGUUAUAGGUAUAGCACAUAGUAGAGUGAAGGUACCAGUUGAAGAUGUUGGUCGAUAUUGCGGAGCACGACGCUACCCCACACAAAUUAUUUUUGCAACUUGUGAUUUUGAUAUGAAAUUCACAUACGUUAUAGUUGGGCCGGAAGGAUCAGCAUCUUACCCUAGAGUUUUAGAUGGUGCUUUUACUCGGAAAGAUCCGUUAAAAGUUCCUGAAGGAAAGUAUUUUCUCGCACGUGCAGGGUUGACGACAAAACCUGGGGUGCUGACACCAUAUAGAGGUGUCUGUUAUUGCUUGAAGCAGUAUUCAACUCAGGGACCUCAAAAUUAUCAAGAACUAUUCAAAUUUCGUCAUGCUUUACUUCAAAAUGUGAUUGAUGGAGCUUUUGGAGUUCUCAAGAAAAGAUUUCCGAUUACAACUGGUGACAAUGAAUCAUAUUUUUCAAUUCGAACCAUGACACGUAUAAUCAGUGCUUGUUGUAUCUUGCACAACUUCCUUAUGGGCAUUGACAUUGAUGAACAAAUAAUUGCUGAAGUAGAUCGUGAAUUGCUACAUGACAAAAGUCGAUACAUAUCAAAGAAACGGAAACUUGAAGUGGACUCUGAAGAAAAACCGAGUUCAAGUAAGAAAAUUGCUUUGGAAAUGUGGAAUGCUUAUGAAGUAUAUGUAUAUCUCAUGUUUCUGGCUGUUGGUUUUACAUAUUUUGUUUGUGUCAGCAUUUUGAACACGGAUUUCAUGUGUAUAAAGUGA